ACAAUAAAUUGAUUUUCUCGUGCGUUGUUGCCAUGGAUAUCAUGGCGUCUCUUCCCAUCUGCUUCUGCAUCUGAUCUAUUUGGAAGGCAUUUUGUGAUUAUUCUACAGGAGAAAGGAUGAAGUUCGUCCAAGCAAGUUUGUUCCUGUUGACCGUAACAGGCUCGGCCUCGGCCUUUUCUGUUGGGGGCACCUUCCUUUCUGCUGCCGAAAAAGCAGCAUUGGAAGAGACCGCCAACGCUGUGGCUACCCCAGGGAAAGGUAUCACUGCCUGUGAUGAAGGCCCUGCAACAAUUGGCGGAAGAUUCGACAACGUCGGCGUGGAAAACUCAGAGGAAACACGCCGCCAAUACCGCCAGAUGUUAUUCGAAGCUCCUGGCUGUAAUGAUUAUCUCAGUGCUGCAAUCUUGGACCCCGAAACUCUGUACCAAAAAUCGUCGACCAACGACAAACUGUUCCCCGAGGUACUCACGGAACGGGGCAUUGUGCCAGGAAUCAAGCCACACUUGAAAAUCUAUACACUGCCCGGGACAAACGGCGACACGGUGAUGCAGGGACUUGACAGUCUGUCAGUUCGAUGCAAGGAGUAUUACGAUGGAGGUGCUCGGUUUGCGAAAUGGAGGUCUCCUCUUGUUAUCGAUGUUGCCAAAGGAUGUCCCACAGACCUGGCUAUCAAGGCCAACAUGCAGGACCUAGCAAGGUAUGCCCUGAUUUGCCAGUCGGAGGGUCUCAUGCCCAUUGUCGAACCCGAUGUGAGCCUCAGUGGAACACACACACUUGAACAGGCAGCAGAUAUCAAUAUCCGCAUUCAAUCUGAGCUCUUCAAGGCUAUGAUUGACCAUGGAGUGUACAUGCCCGGCACGACCCUAAAACCCAAUAUUAUCAACCCAGGCAAAGACUGCGAGACCACUUACACUGUGGAAGAGAUUGCUGAAGCAAAUGUGUAUGUGCUGGAACAGUCCUUCCCAGUUGCCAUGCCCGGAGCCAACUAUUUGUCCGGAGGGCAGACCCUGGAACAAGCCGCUUCCCGGCUCAGUGCCAUCAACAAGGCCAACACCAAAGGGCCUUGGAACUUGUCUUUCAGUUGGAGUCAAGCCCUCCAACUGCCUCUUCUUGAACUCUGCAAAGGCAAGGGAGAGUUGCAGCUCGAUGAAAUGAGCAAACUUUACGUAGAGGAACUCGCUAUUGCCAGUGCUGCUGCCAAGGGAGAAUAUGAAUGGCAGGAAGGACAGGGAGAUCACCCAUCAGUGGCUGUUCCCGUGAAAGAGCUGACAUCUGCUUAAUUAGUAAGCAGUUUCAAACACUUGAUUGCACAACAAUAUUUAGAACGGAUCAAGCUUUUUUGUAUACCAGAGCAAUGAGCAGGAUAUCGUCGUUCGGCAGCGUAUUUUCCUUGCAUGAGAGAUUGGUUUAUUGGUGUCUCACUCACGCCGUGGUACAAGCACCGAUGCCUCAAGGGCUACCGUUAGGGCAUAGCUCUGCGAGUAUUCUACGGUACAGUAGCCCGUUCCUUGCUUUCAUAUUUUAUUAAAAAUUAUCCUGUUCUCUCGGUUGGAGGCGAAGGAAGCAGGGCUACGAUCGGGCUGAUAGUGAUGCCCCAAGGACUCAGAGAAGGGGGUGACGGUACGGUAUCCUUGUGGUAAUCACGAUACCGGUACGCCUUUGAUGCCUUCGAAAGCAAAUCAGCAGCAUCAGGAACAUAUGCGUUGAUGGUGUUAUUUACCUUAGGUAAGACCACAGUACAGGCUGCCAUCACAACAACUUGAAAGAUGGUCCGCAUAAUACAUUCCGAGAGCAAGCUGGAUCGCCUUUGACAUUCAAUCAAGAUGGAGGCGCAAGAAGGGCUCCCUGGCAGACCAGCUGACAUUGUGGGUACAGACCAUCCCAGCUGGCUUGAAAGCGCUCUUUUAAUUAAAUGUACAUGCACGGCCACCUGGUGGUACCACCCGGUACUAGUAGUAUGCAUAAUAUUAUUGCUGGAGGAAACGGGUCCAAGUCUGGCCUGUUGGACUGACAGAGACUCGAUCAUUGGUGGGGCUCUUGAUCGACUUCAUUUAUAAGCGGACCAUCUUUCAAGCAGAUAGCUCAUCGGGAAGUCGGGAAACUUGUCGACAACGAUGUACAGCAAUAAACAACCGAGGACCGACCGCAGUGAGGCACCGGAAACGGAGAUUAGUCCAAGUGACAAUAGCGAGGAAGAGAGUGACAGUACCGGUAGCAGCUCAAGCAGUGAACUCCAGGAAGAGGUGAUACCAGAACCAAGGCAGGAGGACCGGAGCAGCAGCCUUGACACUGAGGCAGGAAUUCACAGAAAUGGUGAUGAAGAGAGUGACAGCAGUGGCUCAAGCAGUGGCUCAAGCAGUGAACUCCAGGAA